CUUUAUAUAUAUAGACUCACAAACCAACUCAUCACAUUGUCUCUCUCAAAUCUUGUAUUUUCUCUGUUCUCUCUCCACUCCUCUUUCUAGAUUGAAGCUUUGUAUCAGUUGCGAAUGGCUUCUGCAGCUACUCUCAGCCCUGUAGAGACCGAGAAGCUCUCCAAUCUCAAAUCUGCUGUUGCUGGUCUUAACCAGAUCAGUGACGAUGAGAAAAAUGGAUUCAUCAACCUCGUUUCUCGUUAUCUCAGUGGCGAAGCGCAACAUGUUGAAUGGAGUAAGAUCCUGACACCUACUGAUGAGGUAGUGGUACCUUAUGAUAGCUUGGCGCAAAUUUCCGAGGAUUCAGAGGAGAUCAAGAAGAUUUUGAAUAAACUUGUUGUGCUGAAGCUUAAUGGAGGUCUGGGGACAACAAUGGGCUGUACGGGUCCCAAGUCAGUCAUCGAAGUUCGGGAUGGGUUGACGUUUCUUGAUUUAAUUGUUAUCCAGAUUGAGAAUCUCAAUUCUAAGUAUGGAUGCAAUGUUCCACUGCUUUUAAUGAAUUCAUUCAACACUCAUGAUGAUACAUUGAAGAUUGUAGAAAAGUACUCUAACUCAAGCGUGGAAAUUCAUACAUUCAAUCAGAGUCAGUAUCCCCGUUUAGUUGUUGAUGAUUUUUCCCCACUUCCAUCUAAAGGACAGACGGGAAAGGAUGGAUGGUACCCUCCUGGACAUGGUGAUGUGUUCCCAUCCUUGAAAAACUGUGGUAAACUUGAUGCAUUAUUGUCACAGGGUAAGGAGUAUGUAUUCAUUGCCAACUCAGAUAACUUGGGUGCGAUUGUUGACAUGAAAAUCUUAAGCCAUUUGAUUAAAAACAAGAAUGAGUAUUGUAUGGAGGUGACGCCAAAAACUUUGGCUGAUGUGAAGGGUGGCACCCUUAUCUCAUAUGAAGGAAGGGUUCAGCUCCUGGAAAUUGCUCAAGUUCCGGAUGAACAUGUUAACGAAUUUAAGUCUAUUGAGAAGUUCAAAAUUUUUAACACAAAUAAUUUGUGGGUGAACUUGAAGGCAAUUAAAAGGCUUGUUGAAGCUGAUGGACUCAAGAUGGAAAUUAUUCCUAAUCCAAAGGAAGUUGAUGGGUUCAAAGUUCUGCAGCUAGAAACCGCUGCUGGUGCAGCAAUCAAGUUCUUUGACAAUGCUAUUGGUAUCAAUGUGCCUCGAUCGCGAUUCCUUCCUGUAAAGGCCACUUCAGAUUUGCUUCUUGUGCAGUCUGAUCUUUAUACUCUAGACAAUGGGUUUGUUAUUCGGAACAAAGAUAGAACUAACCCGGCUAAUCCCUCAAUUGAAUUGGGGCCUGAAUUCAAGAAGGUUGGCAGUUUCUUGAGUAGGUUCAAGUCAAUCCCUAGCAUUGUGGAACUAGAUAGCCUUAAGGUUACUGGUGAUGUAUGGUUUGGCUCUGGUAUCAUUCUAAAGGGAAAUGUAAGCAUCACUGUGAAACCCGGGGUGAAGUUAGAAAUUCCUGACGGAGCUUUGCUUGAAGACAAGAAUAUCAAUGGUCUGGAGGAUAUUUGAGUUCAUUACCGAAAACAUUGAAGUUGAAGACGUCGUCCUUUUUGCUUGUGUUAUAAUGUGUAUUUUCUUAAAAGAAUAAUAGUGAAAGUUUCCUCGACUGAGACACUGAACAUUUAAAGUUGGGGUGACUAUUUAUGUUUUAUGUGGUAUUUUUUUUUUUAAAAAAAAAGGAUUUGUUGAGAAAGUAUCACAUGAGCUUGAUACACCUCAUCGAGGUCAAGUUUAAGAUAGUUACAUCAUGUUGUCUAGACUUUCUGAACCACCUUUACCAGACUCAGUCUCGUAUCCUUCACCAUGAAAAUGUUACAUUAUUAUCUAUAAAAUCAUAGUUUUACUUUUC